AAUCAGAAUCAUCGGAGAAGAAGAAGAAGACAAUGACGGUGAAGAAGAUAGACGCGAAUCCAUCAACCUUAGAAUCAGUGCUACAAGAUUUGAAAUCCAACGAAACCAACCGCACCAAGAUCAAUUUCAUACUCUUCCUCGCCGACGAUGAACCCACCACCGGUCGAAGCUGGUGUCCAGACUGUGUUAGAGCUGAACCUGUGAUUUACAAAACCCUAGAGGAGUUUCCUGAGGAAGUGAAUCUGAUUCGUGCUUACGCCGGAGAUAGACCGACGUGGAGGACUCCGGCGCAUCCGUGGAGGGUUGAUCCACGGUUUAAGUUAACCGGAGUACCUACUCUUGUGCGUUGGGAUGGUGACUCUGUUAAAGGACGUCUUGAGGAUCAUCAAGCUCAUGUUCGUAACUUGAUCUUGCCUCUUCUUGCGCCAACCACUUGAUUUGAUCGAGUUCUCGGGACUAUGGUGAGAUCGACGAUGAUGAUGAGAGAUCUUUAUAUAUAUUUCUCUUGUUUUCCAAUAAAUCCUUUCGAAUGUGAACGAGUGAUGCGACUGUUGUUUCGUCGAUUUUAUGGUUUCGUGCUCUGUGUACUGUUACUUCGUGAAUAAAUUACGAUGAUAUUAGCUGA